AUGUCUCAUUCUCUCCCCUUCCACAUCCUCAUCCCUAUCUCACUGCACUUUUUUCUCGCUUUCUUCAUCACUAUCUCCCAAAUUCCGCCUAAGGUUCCUACUACAACCAAAACUUUGGCAACCACAUCAACACGAAAACAUGAACCACUCCCACCAGAGGAUGUUCAAAUAAUAACUACCGCAGUUGAAAGAGUUGUACCAAAUACUCCACCUGUGUUUCUGACAAAGAAAGAACACGACGUAUUAGUGAAUACCAAUCUCGAAGAAAUAAUAAAACGGUUCCAAGAAUCUCAACGUUCUGCGAUAUCUAACCAUGAAAAUUCCGCCAGACCAUUGAAAAGGAUAAAAAAGAGAGAUGCUGAAAGAGACGACGAUUUGAAGCCUUAUGAAACUGUUGAUUUAAUUGUUGAAUGUUUAAAACGUUUAGGCAACGAUACUGUGGCGAAGAAGUUGAUUAAGGAUAUAGAAAGGGACCCAAGUUUGAUCAGAAUUUUCCUUGAAAUGUUUAACGAUAAAAUCACGGCUAUGAAUGAAGGAAGAGCGGUAGCGAUCCAUUUGUUUGCUAUCCCGAGGGAAAACAAUAUAUCGGACCAAAAGACGACUGAAGCUGCUGAUGCACGCCACGUCGGUUUCUUCAUUGGGAUAGCAGCGCUUGUGGUCUGUUCUGCGGUUGUCGGAUUGAUAUGCUACCUGACAGGAAGGCGCAUACAGAGGCGAAGAAGCAUGUUAGCUGACAUUAUGAAUUUCGACUCUCCAAACGAUGCGCCGAUACAAAGCCUACCAUUCCACAGCAGUCCGAUAAGCGAUGAGGAUAUUGUGGUGAACGAGAACGGACAGACAAUGAUGAUGGAGGAGAGAAAAGAGGUGGUGACGAAUGAAAAAGGAGGGUCAGGCCCCACAGGUGGGAGACAAAAUUUGGCGCCACACAUGUUCAGCAGUGGCAGACGUCACAACUCGCAGGUGAACGGCGAUGGAGGUGGGAAGCUCCAAGCUAAUGAAACAAGUAGUACUAGGUUGUGAAUGAUGAAGUGAAUGAGUAAAUGAGUAAAUUAUUGAGUGAGUGAAUGAGUAAGUAUUAGGGUAUAAUAGAAACAUUGGAGCGAGUAAAAAUCUAAUAUUGCGUUCGAGUGAAAAUUAUUUUAUUUUAAAUGAGAUGAAAAAAAAAAAUUAAAUUUAUAAAAAAAAACAUUCUAUAACAAUUUUUAGCUUGCUUUUUCUUUUCAUGAGUAACGUAUACAUUUAAUGUAAAAAACAUUAACAUUAAAAAACAACUAGAUGAUAAUCUUUUUAUAUUUAAAAUCUGCAACUGUACUCAUUCGCAAAUAAUUAACUUUUUGCAUUUUAAUCAUACUAAUCAAUUAGGAUCUAUUCUAUACGUAUGAACUUUGAUGGAGUUUUUGCAACAAUUUCUAAAAAAUAUGGAAAGCAUAUAAUCUAUCCAAUUUUUCCAAACAAUUAUUGAAAGUAUUAAGUUAGAUACAAGAGAAUAUUAAAAACCAGUUUAAACUGUUAUUCAGUAAUAAUGAUUCAUGGAUUCCUACGCUAUAAAUGAUGCUUCUAUUGUUAAAUUUUCAUUCAUUGUUUUUUUUUCAUAAAAUGAAAUGUCUGGUGAUUACUAUUGCCUUAUUAAUAUCGUUAGUUUUGUUAUAUAUACACAUACACAAUCACACAUUUUUACACCCACAUCACACACAAACACACACACACACACACUCUCACACAUGCAUACCCACACACACUUAUAAACACAUAUGAUUUUAAUUGUCUAUUUGUUAAACUUAUUGUAAUGUUUUUAUCCAGAUUUUAACAUAAACAAACUUGAAAUAACUUUUUUUAUUGUAUUGGUUAUAAUGGAAAUAAAUAAAUAAUCAAAUAAUCUAAAAAUUAAA